AUGAACCUUCCUGGAAAGCACGCCCGCGUUCGAGACAGCGUGUCAAAGUGCCUCGGAUUCGCGAAGUCUACAGUGAGCAAUGUCGUUGCCGAUUGGAACCAAAACCACGACCGCUCGUUCACGCCCAAGUCCACCACACGGGGACACCGUCCUCGGUCAUCCGUUGAGCACCUUGCAACUGAAAUUCGGCAAAUUAUUCAAGAAUCCAACGCUGCCUGUUUGCCGAUCUCGGCAAAAGCCCUGUCCACUGAGCUGGCCGAACGUGAAGGCGUUAUCAUUCCAGUACGAACCAUGCGGAGAGCGCUUCGUCGAAUGGGCUUUUCGUUUCAAAAGGGCCAAACA